CGCCGUAUUCACAAACCAAACUUAUCCUUAUACUUAUGACUUAAGUCACCGAACAGCCCUUAACGCGUUUCAAGAACCAACCUUAUACUUAUCGCAGAACUUUUCUCGUACUUAUCGCCGUGAUAAGUAAGGCUUGGAUAAGGUAGCCUCCGACCUACCUUAACGCUCACUUGUAAGCAAACAAAAUGGCGGCGAUGGACGACAACUUCGCGGAGUUUGUUAACUAUCUCGACCGCCACGAUGAAAUAUUGAGCGGGGCAGCGUUUUCAUACGCGUCUCCGCCACGGCGAGUGCCCAGGGAUCGCUUGAAUCCCAUGGAAGUGUACGAUGAGUACGAGUUUUUGUGCCGCUUCCGAUUCAGCAAAAGUGCCGUCCAGCAGCUGCUCGCUAUGCUGCCUCUGCGGGAUAACACCGAUGGACGUGGGCUCCCUGUGCCGCCUCUCCUGCAGCUGCUCAUCACGCUACGUUUCUAUGGAGCCGGCACAUUUCAAAUUGUGACCGGCGACCUAGUGAAUGUUUCCCAGCCGACGGUGUCGCGGGUGAUCGAGCGCGUAUCCACUAUGAUCGCCAGGAGUCUCUUUCCUGCGCUUGUGAAGUUCCCCAGCGCUUCAGAAGUGAGCGGUGGGAUGCAAGCAUUUUACCGGAUUGGGAAGUUUCCCGGUGUUAGCGGGUGCAUUGACUGCACCCAUGUGCCAAUUAAGAGCCCCGGUGGUGACCACGCCGAGGUGUACCGUAACCGGAAAGGAUAUUUUUCGAUAAAUGUCCAGGGAAUCACGGGGCCUGACCUACAGUUUUAUGAUGUAGUGGCUAGCUGGCCAGGGUCUGCCCAUGACAGCAGAAUUUUUGACUGCAGCCGUGCUAGAGUACUGUACGAGACUGGGAUCGUCCCCGGCAUUCUGCUUGGGGACAUGGGCUACGCCUGCAGGCCAUACCUCAUGACUCCUCUUAAGGAUCCUGCCCAAGGCAGCCCAGAAUACAGGUAAGCUAGUAAAUUUCUAUGAAGCAGUGUUUCUGAAUAUACAAGUUUAUUUUCAAGGCACAGCAGCUUAUGUGAACAUGCAAGGUUAGACAACAGCCAAUGCAAAAUUGAAACACUUUUUAUUUGUACAUAUUCAAGGAUGUUCUUGCGAAUGAUUUCAUACACUCAAAACUCGGAGAAAUGUGUAUAAGACAAAAAGAACACUGUUUAUAUAACAUCAAAAGCAACUGAUCUUUUCUCUCUCGGCCAAUGUUUUCACAGAUUGCGAACACAUGCAAACGCAAAAAAAAAAUCAACUUUGUUUCAGGUACAACAAGUCGCAAGCCAGAACCAGAAACAGCGUGGAACGCGUGUUUGGUAUCUGGAAGAGGAGGUUCCCAUGCCUGCAGAUGAAACUGCAAAUUGAGACGGACACCUCACUCACAGUCAUCACAGCAUGUGCGGCACUUCACAAUUUGAGCAGAAUUUUGCGUGACCCAUGCCCUCCCAGUGCACCGCCCCACACUGCACCCAGCAUUCACCAGCCUGCACCAGCGUUGCCGAAUGGACAGCCGCAGAUGGCACUUCAAAACUCUGAUGGCUUUAGAACCCGCUCGCGUAUUAUUGCAAAUUAUUUUUCAUAAAUGCAUGACAUUAUAUUUCACUUUACAUUGUUUUUGAAAAGAUAAGAAAUAUAGAUAGGUAGGUACGUUCAAAUGAUGGAGGUCAGGUGGAGAAAUUAUAAGCAGUAAUAAGGUUAUAAUGGUAACAAACAAAACCGAGCGCUAAAGUGAAAUACAAAAAAAGGAGAGCACUACGCGAGACUCGUGCCAUGCAAUGCUUUCUUUGUUAUUUGUCUCGGUGCAGUUUUGUGUGUA